AUGGAGUUUUCGCCAUGUGUGUUUGUUCUACAAGUUUUCGCUCGACAUCCGAAUUGGGCCAUCCGCCCACAAUCCGUUAUGACCCUUUUAUGGCCUUUGCUUGGAUUCAUCUUUGGAUUUUCUACAUCCACACUUGCGUCAUUGACAUUCAUCUAUACUGCCUUCUUGACGAAGGUGCUUGGUGCCGUAAACGUUUGGGAAAAGGAGUUACCUUCUCGAAAGCUGCGUAACUACAUUUGUCGAGACGGUAACUGUAAGUUGGAAUUUGAACCAAUCAGAGACGAAUGGAUCGCUAUCAAUGACAAUGGAUGCUAUCAGGAGUUUGAAGCGGAGCUCGAGGAGAUUGUUGAGUUUUGUCCACUUCAAUGUAGUGGUGCCAGCCAUGCUUCGAUAGUUGAACAGAUUCCAAUCAGCGAUAGUUGCAUAAUUGGAAGUAGUGUCAGCGUUAUACAACGACGAAAUGACUGGUUCCUGUGGAGAGGUGAAGAUUGUCAGCCAGAAGCUUCAAUUUUCAAAAUUGGUUGCACUUUUGAGAAAACAUCGACGAAAAAGGAGGAGAAACUUCCCAUGACGAAAUUCUCUAAACCACGUGAACGUAAGAUUAGCCAGGAAGGCGAGCUCAAAUUAAUGCCUGCUACCAAUAGAAUGGCGCAGAAUUCCGUCUCAGAGGAGAAGGAAGUGGAAAAGGUGACCGUAGCAUUACCAUUACCAAAGGUGGAGGCUAAGCCAGCGGAAACUAAAAGCAAAGAUGAUACUUUGCCUAAUGAGGUGGAUCUGCUGUUGAAGGCUAUGUUCCCUGCCUACAGGGAUUAA